CCGCAAAAAAAGUUUUAACAAUCGGAGCCAAACAAAAGACGUUUUAACAAUCUGGGAUUGUGCAUAAAACCGCCCAGGUUUCCGUGGAAUAGCUCCAAUUUCCAAAGACUGAGUUGGUGAAAAUCUUCAAAGCUCCCAAAUUUCUCUGAAACUUGACUUGGGCAAUGAGCUUUUCGUCUUAGAAAUCUGAUAUUAGACAGUUUGGGUUGAGAAGCGAUUUUUUUAGUUCCAAUCGUUUACAGGUUUCCACCAUGGCAGUGUCAACGCAACUCCAAUCUCUGACCAGUCUUGCUUCAUUGACUAACCGCACUAAGCUCAAGUUUCUAAGCAGCAGCUGCAUACCUUUAGCUCCCAACAUAAAGCAAAGAAGCUCAGCUGUUCGAGUUUGUGCUCUGCUCUCUGCUUCGCCCAUUGUUUCUGAGAGAUCAAAGCCACCAAUAGCUUCUUUCAAUGAGUUGAUCGAGUCGUUAAUUGAUCGCGUGGAUUUAUCAGAGGCGGAGGCUGAAGCUUCAUUGGAAUUUUUGCUGCGAGAUGCUAAUGAGGCUUUGAUAAGUGCUUUCCUUGUAUUAUUGAGAGCCAAAGGAGAGACUUAUGGAGAAAUUGUGGGAUUGGCAAAGGGGAUGAUGAAGCACAGCUUGAAUAUAGAAGGCAUAGAUGAUGCAGUUGACAUUGUUGGAACUGGUGGUGAUGGGGCAAACACUGUAAACAUUUCAACAGGGGCUGCAAUACUUGCUGCAGCUAGCGGUGCAAAAGUUGCAAAGCAAGGAAGUCGUUCCAGUUCCUCUGCAUGUGGAAGUGCUGAUGUAUUAGAAGCUUUGGGAAUAAUAAUUGACUUGGACCCUGAGGGGGUAACUAGAUGUGUGAAUGAAGCAGGCAUUGGAUUUAUGAUGGCACCCAAGUAUCAUCCAGCAAUGAAUGUUGUCCGCCCUGUUAGAAAAAAGCUGAAAGUAAAGACUGUAUUUAAUAUAUUGGGACCCCUGUUGAAUCCAGCAAGAGUACCUUUUGCUGUUGUUGGUGUAUACAAGGAUGAGCUCGUCUUGAAGAUGGCUAAAGCGUUGCAAAGCUUUGGAAUGAAGAGAGCGUUAGUUGUUCACUCAGAGGGCUUGGACGAAAUGAGUCCACUUGGACCUGGGCAUAUCCUUGAUGUGACUCCUAAUAAAAUUGAGGAGUUCUCCUUUGAUCCAUUGGAUUUUGGAAUUCCUCGUUGCACCCUAGAUGACUUGCGAGGUGGAGGCCCUGAGUAUAAUGCUGAGGCACUAAAGCGUGUAUUGUCUGGGGAGAAAGGUUCCAUUGCAGAUGCAUUUAUCUUAAAUGCUGCAGCAGCUCUCUUUGUCAGCGGUCGGGUGAACACCUUGGCCGAAGGAGUUUCGUUGGCUCGUGAAACACAAAUUUCAGGGAAGGCUAUCAGGACCCUUGAUCAAUGGGUAGAUAUAUCCAAUACAAUGAAGAAAGAUACAAUUGUUUAUUAAGGAUGCCUCAGAUAUCAGUUUUGAACUCAUCAUGAUCGAGAGCCGUUGUAGAGUCUACACAUUUGAAAGAACAUAAUAAGGCAAACGGAUCUUUUUGUAAUUUACUGUCCAAUGCAAUGUAUUAGAUCAUCCCUUAAGAGGGCAGAAAGAUGUUUGCAAGAAAAAAGGGUAAGGGUAGAAAGGUGAAAUUUUGGAAUUCAUGUAAUUUUCAGGAAAAAUAAAUAGACUCGGAAAGAAUUCCAACAUUUCUCUUCCUCUGUCAACUUCAAAGUCAAGUGUACUAUUUGCUUAUGUGAAACAAUGGAAGCAUACUAAGUUUCAAAAA